CGAGUCUAGCGGCCAGGAAGUUUAAAUAUUUGCAGAAAGAUCUUUAAAUCUCCAUAUGAUUCAUGUUUCUCUUCAUUUCACUCUACCACCUCAGCACUCAAUAAAUAAAAUCACUUUCUUCUUCCAUCCCCUUCCCACGUGCCCAAGAUCGCUAUCAAGUCCGCACUCUCAAAAAACACUCUUUCACCAGCUCAUUCCCACACAUUCUUGACCUCGUCGGAGAUCGGGCGGCGCGGCGCGGCGUCGUCACCCUGACUGAACCCUCUCCGGUGAUCUGAUUAAUGUAGGGUACGUGAGUUUUGUACGUGGAUUUCCAUAAAUAAAAUGCAUGCAUGGAGCCUUUGUGCGAGUAUUGUGGAGUGGUGAGGGCAGUCGUGUAUUGUAGAUCGGAUUCCGCCCGCCUCUGCCUACACUGCGACGGCUGCGUCCACUCCGUCAACGGCCUGGCGCGGCGACACCAGCGAUCUCUGGUGUGCGACCGAUGCAACUCCGAGCCGGCGACAAUUAGGUGCAUGGACGACGACAUUUGCAUUUGUGCUUCCUGUGACUGGGGCUGCUCCGCCCAGGGCCACCGCUGUAAGGGUUUGUUUCCGUACACCGGCUGCCCUUCUCCCGCGGACUUCACCACCAUGUGGUCUUCCGUUCUUGAAUCUUUGCCUGACGAUCAUCAGCACAAUAACAAUAAUACUAAUGACAAUUACAUUGCUAUACCUACUACUAUUACUACUAAUAAUAAUAAUAAUAAUAAUAAUAUUGGUAUUGACAAUAAUAAUGUCAAUUCAGCUUCCUGCUUGGCGACCGAAUUGAAUAAUAGUAAUGGUAAUAGUAAUCAAGGGUUCGUGGCUAGUCGACUCAACGAGCUGGCCACAUGCCUAAAGUUCGAUCCAGCGCAGCCAUGGGUCGACCCUUCACAGCCUCAUCACGACACUGGAUCUUUCACGACGUUCGGUAGCAGAGAUGAAAUGCCCUUCACCGCAGGCGGUGCCGUUGAAUCCAAAAGCCUCAAUAAGGUUCUUCUAAUGCAAUUGCUAUUUUUACUUGAGUAUUUUCUUGGUCCCACUCAACAGAGCAACUCAACUUUUCAUCAAAUACUUACUAGUAUUAAGCUUCAUGUUAAUGAAACAUAGCGCAAGAAAGGUUGAAAUGUAGUAUAAAGAUAUGUCACUUAAAGGUAAUUUAAGUACUACCCACAAAAUUAUGUGAAAGCACAUAUGGAAAGUGCUUACAUUAUCUUUUCUCCUCUACAUGAGGAACUCAUUACAGGUGAAUUUUCCACAUGUUGUAUAAAAUCUUGUUCAAUCCAUAAAAUUUGUGUAGUUUUAAAUAUUGAUAGUGACAGUAUAUAGUUUCUGGGAAGAAUUAGCUCCAUGAUUAUUGAAACAUAGUGCAUUGAAAUUGACAAAGUUGUAUGGAAUGGAGGUUGUUAUUGUUUAAAUUCUUGAUUUGAGUGUGGGGUUAUUUUUGGUCUUCUAAUUUCUAAAUUUGGUGGGGUUUUUAUAGGGUUGUGACAAUUCAAGGACUACUCUAGGGCUUAGUGAAGGUUGUGGUAUAUGCCAAAGCGUAAGGGGGCACACUGAAGAAGACGUUGUUCCAUUGAGUUUCAAUGGGUAUGAUGAGAUGUUUAGCCAAUGUCAGCCAAGAUUUAAUGGAGACGAUGGAGGACUGGCUGCUUGCCUGCAGGCAAUGGAUAAUACCUUCUCAGGCACUGAAUCUAGCAGCCAUCUUACUUCGUCCUCAGGGAAGCCGCUAGAACGCCGCAUGAGUUUAGAUUCCUUGCAUAAUAUGGGCGGGGCCUCCAUAACCAAUAUGUUACCCAACAUGGGCGUCAUCCCCCGCAUGAAUACCAACUGCGGCAUCCUCAUGAACCCUAAUUGCAUCAAAAACAACAUUGGCUUAGUAGGGUUCCCGCCGCCGACCGGUCAAGUCCUUUCCGGCGGCGGCAUGUCCAUGGCUCUUUCCAACGUCACCGGAGACAGCUGCGUGGCGGAUUAUCAAGACUGCGGCUUGUCGCCGGCGCUUCUUAACGCCGAACCCAAAUGGGAAUCCAACUUUGAAGUCACAUGCAGCCCACAGGCACGUGACAAGGCCAAGAUGAGAUACAACGAGAAGAAGAAAACAAGAACGUUUGGGAAGCAAAUAAGAUAUGCAUCACGGAAAGCCAGAGCUGAUACAAGAAAGCGUGUAAAGGGUAGAUUUGUUAAAGCUGGCGAAGAGUUUGAUUUUGACCCCCAAAAACAAUAGCUAAAGGAUAUUCAUUCUGAUCGAUCUGUUCGUUAUUGAUUUAUUUAAGGCCUUAAUUACAUGGGCAUUGGUUUCAAUCAAGGGUGUAAAUAUGGUUUUGUUGGAGGGCCUGGCUUCACCAUUUGUUUGACUAUAUUGGCUUCUUGAGGAUAAAUAUACAUAUGCUUGAUCACAGCUACACCAUUGUUAUUCAAUUCUUGCCAAUAAGCAGUGCCAUUGAGUUUCAUGCAUGAUGAUGAAGGCUACAUGAAAUCUCCACAUAUACAUAUAUGCCCAUUCAGUCCUACUAUCAAAUUGAAUUGCUCAUCUUUAUUCAUAUAUAUGUUACAUUUUGAAGGGGGAGACAUUUCAUAGCGAAAAUAUAUCAUUUAUACACACACAAAAUAUCUAUAUUCAAUAAUAUAGAUCGGUUUCUUCCUGUUUUCAUUCAUUUCGCUUAUAAUCAGGAUAUUAUACAUUUAUGUUUUCCAGUGAUGAAUACAAAUAAAUCAACCCAUAUACAUUAGGAGGUAUUUCCUUCUAUGUAUCAAUG